CGGAGGAAGGACCGGGAAGUACCACCACUGCCUCCUCAGGCCCCGCCUCUUCCUCGGAAGCAAGAGGGAAGAGCCUCCUGCGCGCUCCCGUCGUGCGCGCUCUCAAGCCCGGCCGCCAACUCCUGCCUCCGGUUCUCGUCCAUUGCUUCGCCCCACCCCACAUACCUCUGCCCCGGACCCAUUUCGGCGGAGCGGCUGACGCGACGUGGUCUGAGCCACGGGCACGAGCGCGUGCUUACGACAGCGCGGGCCAGCCGCGUCGCGAGGAGGCCCCGCCUUCCCGUCCCGCCCCCGCCGACCUCCCCUUCUCCCGCUACCCUGUGGGCACUGCGAACACCGGCACCCACGCGCGCUGUGUAGACAUGGAAGUACCCGGUAGCCUGUGCAAGAAAGUCAAGCUGAGCAAUAACGCGCAAAACUGGGGGAUGCAGAGAGCGACUAAUGUCACUUAUCAAGCUCAUCAUGUCAGUAGGAACAAGAGAGGCCAGGUGGUGGGGACCAGAGGUGGCUUUCGUGGUUGCACAGUUUGGCUAACAGGCUUAUCUGGAGCUGGAAAGACCACAGUAAGCAUGGCUUUGGAGGAGUACUUGGUUUGCCAUGGUAUUCCAUGUUACACUUUGGAUGGUGACAACAUUCGUCAAGGUCUCAAUAAAAAUCUUGGCUUUAGUCCUGAAGACAGAGAAGAGAAUGUUCGACGCAUCGCGGAAGUUGCUAAGCUGUUUGCAGAUGCUGGCUUAGUGUGCAUCACAAGCUUUAUAUCACCUUAUACUCAGGAUCGCAACAAUGCAAGGCAGAUUCACGAGGGUGCAAGCUUACCUUUUUUUGAAGUGUUUGUUGAUGCUCCCCUGCACGUUUGUGAACAGAGGGAUGUCAAAGGACUCUACAAAAAAGCAAGGGCUGGAGAAAUUAAAGGUUUCACUGGGAUUGAUUCUGAAUAUGAAAAGCCAGAGGCCCCUGAAUUGGUGCUGAAAACAGACUCCUGUGAUGUAAAUGACUGUGUCCAGCAGGUCGUGGAACUUCUGCAGGAACGGGAUAUUGUACCUGUAGAUGCCUCUUAUGAAGUGAAAGAACUAUAUGUGCCAGAAAAUAAACUUCAUUUGGCAAAAACAGAUGCAGAAACAUUACCAGCAUUGAAAAUUAAUAAAGUGGAUAUGCAGUGGGUACAGGUUUUGGCAGAAGGCUGGGCAACCCCGCUGAAUGGCUUUAUGAGAGAGAGGGAGUACUUGCAGUGUCUUCAUUUUGAUUGUCUUCUGGAUGGGGGUGUUAUCAACUUGUCGGUACCUAUAGUUCUGACAGCUACUCAAGAAGAUAAAGAGAGACUGGACGGCUGUACAGCAUUUGCUCUGAUGUACGAGGGCCGCCGCGUGGCUAUUCUUCGCAAUCCCGAGUUUUUUGAGCACAGGAAGGAGGAGCGCUGUGCCAGACAGUGGGGAACAACGUGCAAGAACCACCCCUACAUCAAGAUGGUUAUGGAACAAGGAGAUUGGCUGGUUGGAGGAGAUCUUCAAGUCUUGGACCGAAUUUAUUGGAAUGAUGGUCUUGAUCAAUAUCGUUUUACUCCUACCGAGCUGAAGCAGAAAUUUAAAGAUAUGAAUGCUGAUGCUGUCUUUGCAUUUCAGUUACGCAACCCAGUGCACAACGGCCAUGCUCUAUUAAUGCAGGACACCCACAAGCAGCUUCUAGAGAGGGGCUAUCGGCGCCCUGUCCUCCUUCUUCACCCUCUUGGUGGCUGGACAAAGGAUGAUGAUGUUCCUUUGAUGUGGCGGAUGAAGCAGCACGCUGCAGUGCUGGAGGAAGGAGUCCUGAAUCCUGAAACAACGGUGGUAGCCAUCUUCCCGUCUCCCAUGAUGUAUGCUGGACCAACUGAGGUCCAGUGGCAUUGCAGAGCACGGAUGGUUGCAGGAGCCAAUUUUUAUAUUGUUGGGCGAGACCCUGCUGGCAUGCCUCAUCCAGAAACAGGGAAGGAUCUUUAUGAGCCAACUCAUGGCGCCAAAGUGCUGACCAUGGCCCCUGGCCUAAUCACCUUGGAAAUAGUUCCCUUUCGAGUGGCAGCUUAUAACAAGAAAAAGAAGCGGAUGGACUACUAUGACGCUGAGCACCAUGAAGACUUUGAAUUUAUUUCGGGAACACGAAUGCGCAAACUUGCCCGAGAAGGCCAGAAACCUCCUGAAGGCUUCAUGGCUCCCAAGGCGUGGACCGUGCUGAUGGAAUACUACAAAUCCUUGGAGAAGGCCUAAACUCUGAAGCCAGCCAUCUCACCUUUGACACCUCACUGAGUAACAAGAGGGGACCACGUAGUUAUUGUUGGCUUUUCUUUGUGGUAUCUAUCCAGAUGUGCUUCCUAAAAACAGACCCUUUCCUGUAACUAGCAUCAGUUUUGGUCGGCCUUAUGAGUUCUGUUCUGAACUAAUGUAACACACUCCUGGUUGUAACGUAUCUUUUCCACUGACUAUAGUUAAUAUUCCUACAAUUCAGUUUUAAAACCUUGUCUUUUUGUUUUAUAUUUAUGCUUCUGUCUCAUGAUUUUUUUUUCAAGCUGAUAUAUAUUAGUUGUAACCAAUAGUAUUCAUAUGGCAUCUUACUUUUCAUCUCUUGAGAAAAGAAAAAAAAAAUCUCCUAAACAAUAAACAUGGUUAGACCUUGUUUUGGGAAUUUUACAAGACAUCUGUAGGAAUUAGAUUUUCUUUUCUCUCCAUUGAAAAUAUAAAUUGCUUUCUUCCAAUCAGCUAUUGAGCUCUCAGCUGUUAUAAUCUAAAAUAUAUUAAUAUCUAUGUAAGCCCUAGAUGAACUUUCUUUAUUCAAUAAAAGUAAACUUUGGCUUCUUA